AUGGUCGAUCCAGUGGACGAUAACGUGGACACAUUCUUUAGGAGAAAAUGGGGUAUAGGUAAGGGUGAUGUGUAUGGUCUAUUUCAAGAAUUCAACAGGCAACUAACUGCAGACGACGAGAACGGUGGUUUUACAGCUGUUUGCGAAGACGUCGUACAAGGUCACGGCGUCGACCAUGGCCUUCACGAAUGUUUUUGUAAAAUUCUUAUGAGGAAUUUGGUUAAAGUAACAAAUAAAGACAGCAUGUAUAAAUUGAAUGGGCAGGAGGUAAAUGUGCGCGAGAUCGGGUCGGAGGACGCUCGAUGUGAUCUAAUAAACUUGUGGUUAUUAUUAUAUAUGUCAAGGUAUUAUAUAAAUGAGCAGAAUAUUAAUUAUGUAUUCACAGCAAUAACUAAUUUGGAGGCUUUUUUUUUAAUGAAACCUGAGGAAUGCAUAUAUACAGGUAAGUUCUCAGUGAACGAAAAGGAGGACGGAGUUGGUUACAGGGAGAUUUAUAAAUGGUUUAGGGAUCGGGGCAUUAUAAGCACAAUGGGGCAAAUAAGUAACAAAAGUGCAUGUAAUGGAGGAAGCAGGUCUGAUGACCAGAGAAGUAGUACGUUUCCAAAGGGAGAACACAAAGGACUAAGUCCCGAAGUGCAGGAUAAAGCUAAUAAAUUUUUGGAAGAAGUGAGGCAAGCGAAGGAAAUAGUUAAAGAGGUUGAGGAGGAAUUAGCACAACAACAACCACCACCAUCUCCACCAGAUGAGGACUGUAGCAAAAAGGGUGAAUUAUGUGCACGUGCAAAAUGUGUAGCAAAGAAAUGGAUGCAGCACAGACCAGACAAGAAGGAUGACUAUACUGACAUGUGGCAAGACAUCCAAACCAGUGUUAAGGAACUCGCCGAAGCCAUACCUAAAAAAAACGAAAAGGUAGACAAUUAUUGCUAUGGCGACCAAUGGAACGGUAAAGUAGUGACAUUUGCAGAAAUGGAAGCAUGCAGGCUUAUUGUCAGGGGGCUCCACCAUAUAUACAAGAUUCCAAAGGACGAAGAUGGGUCCCAGGAAAACCAAGAAGUGAAUAACCAAUUAUUUAAGCAAACUAUGCUAUGCGUAGUAAUGAAUGCUUAUGCAGACCUCCUCAAAGAUAAAUUCAAGGAUGGAUGCUCCGUGCAGAAGGGCAUAACCCAGGCCUUCAGCAAAAGUACAAAAAUUAAGAAAGAAACAAAUGAAUGUAAGGGUGACAAUAAUUGUGAAGUGUGCUCAAAGGAAGACUAUAAAGAUUGCGUAAUAGGCUCAGAUAAGAUAGAAAAAAAAGUAAAGGAAAUGCUGGACCAGAAUCAACAAAUAAAAAAAACUAUGGAAGAAAUAUGUAAAGACUGUAGCAAGGAAAAGGACCUAUGUGAACGUACAAAAUGCGUAACAAUUAAUUGGUUUAGGGACAGAUUAACUAAUCAAGGGACAGGAAGACGGGACUGGUGUGUAUUUUGGGGGGUUGGCGACGUCGGAAGAGUAUUAAAAAAAUUGUCUGAGGCUAUGAGAAAUGAAAGUAAAACAGAUGGCGAUCUAUGUGAGAAGUUUACAGGAGCAGGUGAUAACGGAGUAACAGAUCCAGGAAAAAAGGCAUGUCAAUACAUCACGAGAGGCUUAGAGUAUAUAUACAUCAUUCAGGAAGAUGAGACACAGAGGUACGGAAAUCAGAAGAAAAAUAACCGAAUAUUUGAUCAAACCAUAGGAUGCAUUCUCCUAAAUUCUUAUGCAGAUAGAUUGGAAGAGAAAGGAACUUCCUGUGGUAUUACAGAAGAAAAAAUAAGAAAAAUGUUUGAGGAAGGAAAUAAAAAGAGGGAUGUAUGGUGUGUGGAUGAAAGUAAGGGUGGUAUUGAUUGUGUCGAAUGUACAAGGAAACCUAAUCUAAGUUGCACACUAAGCGUGGAUGCAAGUCUUUGGUUCACGAGUAGCAGUUGCAAGAAUAAAGGGAAUCACGAUAUAAAAGACAAAGUACAAGGAAUGCUCGACAAUGAUGAGAGCAAAAAGUCGGAAGUAAAGCAAGCUCUGACUGAAAUAAAUAACAUAUGUCCAGAGCCAACACCAGCUACCCCAGAUCCUCCACCUGGUUCUUCUGCUGCUGGCUUUGGCGAAGGGGAUAAUGCUGUUUUAAAAGCACCUAAGGCUGCCCGACUUAUUAACAAGAUUGACAACCCCGUCCUUCCUUACCUCCCUCUUGCUCCUGCCGUACUUGGUAUUUCUAUUAUGACCUACUCACUCUGGAAGUACUUUGGAAUGCUUCGUAAAACAAGAAAGCGUUACAGAAGAGCUUAUCAAGUACGUGCUCCCUCCUUAGAACAGCAGAUUGUUGACCAUGUGGACGACCAGGCAGAUGGUCCACAUGAAUAUUAUUUAGUAAAGGAACACAAACCUCGUUCUACGCCUAUAAAAAGGAGGAAAAAACGUGCUGCCGAUCGCCUUCGUGGUGGUGCUGUACGUCGCCGCAUGAUUAUUGAUAUUCAUUUAGAAGUCUUAGACGAAUGUCAAAAGGGGCAUUUGCAUUCGACGAAGGAGGACUUUUUUGAAAUUUUGGUUCAAGAAUUUAUGGGAAGCCAAUUUAUAGAGGAAGAAAAUGUUUCUAAGGAAGAUGUUCCAAGUUCAGAUUCCGGGUUUAUGGAAGAAGACAUUGUUUCGGAAAUUGGUGUUCCUAAGGAACAGGUCCCAAGUUUCAGAUUCCGGGUUUAG